AGGAGCAGUGCGUGACGGACCUGUUGUGGAGCGACCCCUCGGACAGCGACGCGGUCCAGGGCGUCACCAACAACGAGACCCGCGACCCGGACGGCACGGGCCGCAUCUUCAAGUUCGGUCCGGACCGCGUCGACGAGUUCCUGAAGAGGAACCCCCCCUUGUCGAUGAUCGUCCGCGCGCACGAGUGCGUCAUGGAUGGCUUCGAGCGGUUUGCCGACGGUAAACUCAUCACCGUGUUCAGCGCCACGGACUACUGCGGCCGGCCACCACAAGAACGCGGGAGCCCUGUUGUUUGUGCGGCGCGACCUCACUGUCGUGCCGAAGCUCAUCUACCCUG